CAUCCAGCGCCCUGCCGAAAAUCUGACAUGCAAACCCCACCUCGCGCGUGUAUCAGCUGCUCAAUUGCCUCAAGGACCGGCCUGUAGGUUCGUCAUCGCCAGCCGCGUGCCUGACGCUCUGCCCGGCGGAGCCGUGGAGCUGGCUGCGGGGAGAGGGGAGCGCUUUCGUUCAACGUUGCCCCGGUGCUCUCACUUCAAGGGUUGCAUUCACCCAUCAAAUCCAUCGAACCCUGGUCAUGGGACUUGUGAACGGCCGACGUAAAUAAACACCUCACUACCUAGGUGCCUGCCACGAACUACACUCUCUCCUCUCCACCACCAACCUCAAAAAGCUUACACCACCCUCCUACCAACAUGGUGAGCUUCAGACUACCUACCACGCUCGCAUUGCUGGCCGCGUCCGUCAUUGCCCAGGACUAUGGCGGCAAUGGUCCAUUGGGUCCUGAUGAGAAUGGCAAGUAUGAAAUCUCCGCCGAGGGGAUUCGUGGCCUCUUCAUUCCCUACGGCGCCAGCAUCAGCAACCUGUUCGUCAAUGACACCAAUGGCAUCGAGCGCGAUAUUGUCCUAGGAUUCGACAAUGCAACUCAUUACUCUGAGGAUCCGUACCACCCGCAUUUUGGCGGUGUUCCAGGCCGCUAUGCCAACCGCAUCAAGAACAGCAGCUUUAUGAUUGAUGGCACCGAAUACCAUGUUCUGCCCAACGAGAACAACAACAACGAUACCCUGCAUGGAGGCCCCCACGGAUGGGAUUAUCGAAAUUUCACUGUCGUUGCGCACACGACUAGCUCUAUCACCUUCUCUCUCGUGGAUCCUGAUGGCGAGCAAGGUUUCCCCGGAGAAGUUGUUAGCUACAUCACAUACACCAUGACCCCGAACGAGUGGCAUCUGAAGAUGGUCGCUCUGUCAACUACCAAGAAGACGCCCAUCAUGCUGAGCUCUCACACAUACUGGAAUCUCGACGCGUUCCAGAAUGACGACACAGCUUUAGCACUGAACCACACGCUCUACCUGCCAUACUCUGGCCAGCGCAUCGGAGCCGAUGGAAUCCUUAUUCCCAACGGCACGAUUCUCCCGAACGACUUGUACUCGGUCAACGACUUCUGGUCCGCGCCAAAGCAGAUCGGCGCCAACUUCUCGUCCCCGGAUCUGUUGGGGAAUUGCGGAACCAACUGCACUGGAUACGAUACCUGCUAUCUGGUCAACCGUGCACAGAACGGUCCGUACGAUUGGCGCACCGAAGGUCCAGUGGCGUCACUUUUCAGCAACUUCACCGGCAUCCAGGUGGACAUAUUCACUGAUCAGGACGCUUUCCAAGUCUAUAGCUGCGGAGGCCAGAACGGCUCAAUCCCUCUAAAGUCCACCCAAGGCUUGACCGACGGUAGCCGUCCUCGCGUGGUGGAGCAGUAUGGCUGCAUCGUGAUGGAGGUUGAAGAUUGGAUCGACGCCAUCAACCAGCCCGAGUGGCAGCGGGACAAGAAGAACAUCUUUGGCCCAGGUGAUGAUCCGUACGUGCUAGAGGCGAGGUACAGUUUCUCGGUCAACUAGAGUGGGUUUCAUAACGGGUGGGAAGAGCAGCCGAUGCGCUUUCAAGACCAAAAGCCUGGACUGAGUAGGUGCAUGGGAAUCUGGUGAAGAUCGGGGUUUCUAAUGAAAGCGCAAUGACCCAACAUUUACAGCAACUCGCCACAGCUCCGUGUACACUUGUCUGCCGCUGUUUGAAGCUCCUCGAAGUUUUUUCGAAAUCCCGAACGCUGUUCACGGGAAUAUUAUAAGCUUGCCGGGCGACCUCAGGUAGCGGCUGAAUUCACUCCAGCCGCCAAAAACCGUGAGAAGCGGCACGACGUCAUGAAAUCCACACCCGCGUGGCAGCCUCAACAGCCUAACCGAAACGGGCCUGCUCCCACGUUUUUGUCCUUCUACUUCUUUCGAUUGCCAUUUUUCCUCGGCCUUUGCUUUUCAUAGAACGCCCAACCUCUAACCUCG